AUGGCUAAGGCACUAGAAAACCAAUACAAGCCAGCUGCCCGCUGCCCGCUGCCCGCUGCCCGUUGCCCACUGCCCGCUGCCCGCUGCGCGCUGCCUGCUGCCUGCUGCCUGCUGCCUGCUUGUUUUAGGUUCGUCAGUCCCUGCAGUCACACGAGUCAGGUUGUGAAGUGUGAACAUCAGGUUUCAAAACAAACUCAGAGAGAAACUCAAAGCCGAGGUUCUAUGGCAGACAAAGAUGUGAGCAGUGGGAGUUAUAAUCUUUCCUCUGCAACUGGCAGCUACUACAGUUGUGUUAGCCAAAUCACCAUAGGUUAUGAUAUUGCUGGGCCUGUUGCAAUUGGACUCACCCACUGGAAAAAUCCAUAUGCGCAAGGUAGACCCACCCUUCCAUCAGAUCUGCCUCUCUUCAUCUCCAAAGAUGUAGGUAUCCCUGUGUAUCACCGAUCCUUCACCCGGAAGACUGAAGUGGCCACGCCUUUGUCUUGCCCAGCCUCACUGUCCAUCACUCCAGUGCCUUCUUACAGCAGCAGCAGCCAGGAAACCCUGAGUCAAGAUACAGCAGGUUUAAGUUUAUCUAUUCAUGGGGCUGAAAAGCGUUUGCAAAUCCAUCAACGGCGAAGUGUGGCAAGCCACCCAGGGUCACGCCGCCUGCCUGUGGUCAGGCAUUCCUCACUCCCACCAGGCAGAAGGUCAAUAAAAAUGGAGGCAAGCUCUUCUGGAAUCACUAAUGGGAAAAACAAAGUCUUCCACCCAGAAGGAGGUGUGGAUUUGCAAGGCUACCAGCUGGAUAUGCAAAUACUACCUGAUGGCCCAAAGAGUGAUGUGGACUUUUCAGAGAUUCUUAAUGCAAUACAAGAAAUGGCCAAGGAUGUCAAUAUUCUUUUUGAUGAACUAGAAGCCGUCAACAGUCCUUGCAAAGAUGAUGAUUCUCUCCUACACCCUGGGAACCUGACCAGCACUUCAGAUGAUGCUAGCAGAUUGGAAGCAGGAGGAGAGUCCUCUCUAAUAAAUAGUGACAUUAUCUUUGUGAAGUUGCAUGCCCCAUGGGAAGUCCUUGGAAGAUAUGCAGAACAAAUGAAUGUAAGAAUGCCUUUCAGGAGAAAAAUCUAUUACCUGCCCCGCCGGUACAAGUUCAUGAGCAGGAUCGAUAAACAAAUAAGCAGGUUUCGGAGAUGGUUACCCAAGAAGCCAAUGAGGCUGGACAAGGAGACACUGCCAGACCUGGAGGAGAAUGACUGCUACACUGCCCCUUUCAGCCAGCAAAGGAUCCACCACUUCAUCAUACACAACAAAGACACUUUCUUCAACAAUGCCACAAGAAGUAGAAUUGUGCAUCAUAUUUUACAAAGAAUAAAGUAUGAAGAAGGAAAAAACAAAAUUGGCCUGAAUCGCCUGCUUACCAAUGGCUCCUAUGAAGCUGCAUUUCCCCUGCACGAGGGAAGUUACAGAAGUAAAAACUCCAUUAGAACCCACGGAGCAGAAAACCAUCGACAUCUGCUCUAUGAGUGCUGGGCCUCCUGGGGUGUGUGGUAUAAAUACCAGCCUCUGGAUCUUGUAAGGCGGUACUUUGGAGAGAAGAUUGGGUUGUAUUUCGCCUGGUUGGGCUGGUACACCGGCAUGCUCUUCCCAGCUGCCUUCAUUGGACUAUUUGUCUUUUUGUAUGGAGUCACCACUCUGGAUCACUGCCAAGUCAGUAAAGAAGUCUGCCAAGCUGUAGAUAUCAUCAUGUGUCCUGUGUGUGAUAAAUACUGUCCAUUCAUGAGGCUGUCAGACAGCUGUGUUUAUGCCAAGGUGACCCACCUUUUUGACAAUGGAGCCACUGUCUUCUUUGCUGUUUUCAUGGCAGUGUGGGCAACAGUUUUCCUGGAGUUUUGGAAAAGACGGAGAGCAGUCAUUGCUUAUGACUGGGAUUUAAUAGACUGGGAGGAAGAGGAGGAAGAAAUACGGCCCCAGUUUGAAGCCAAAUAUUCCAAGAAGGAACGGAUGAACCCUAUUUCAGGAAAGCCAGAACCUUAUCAAGCAUUUGCAGAUAAAUGCAGCAGACUCAUCGUUUCUGCAUCUGGAAUAUUUUUUAUGAUCUGCGUGGUGAUCGCUGCCGUGUUUGGGAUUGUCAUCUACCGGGUGGUGACUGUCAGCACUUUCGCGGCCUUUAAGUGGGCGUUAAUCAGGAAUAACUCUCAGGUGGCAACCACAGGAACUGCCGUGUGCAUCAACUUUUGUAUCAUUAUGUUGCUGAAUGUGCUCUAUGAAAAAGUUGCACUUCUUCUGACAAAUUUAGAACAGCCUCGCACAGAGUCCGAGUGGGAGAACAGCUUCACCCUGAAAAUGUUUCUUUUUCAGUUUGUCAAUCUGAACAGCUCCACGUUUUACAUCGCAUUCUUCCUUGGAAGAUUUACAGGACACCCAGGUGCCUACUUGAGGCUGAUAAACAGGUGGAGGCUAGAAGAGUGCCACCCUAGUGGAUGCCUUAUUGAUCUCUGUAUGCAAAUGGGUAUUAUAAUGGUGCUAAAGCAGACCUGGAAUAAUUUCAUGGAACUUGGCUACCCGUUAAUUCAGAAUUGGUGGACAAGAAGAAAAGUGCGACAAGAACAUGGUCCGGAAAGAAAAAUAAGUUUCCCACAAUGGGAAAAGGACUACAACCUUCAGCCGAUGAAUGCCUACGGACUCUUCGAUGAAUACUUAGAAAUGAUUCUUCAGUUUGGAUUCACAACUAUCUUUGUGGCAGCUUUUCCCCUAGCACCACUUCUGGCCUUACUGAAUAACAUCAUUGAAAUCCGACUUGAUGCUUACAAAUUUGUCACACAGUGGAGACGACCUUUAGCUUCAAGGGCCAAAGACAUAGGAAUUUGGUAUGGAAUCCUUGAAGGCAUUGGGAUUCUUUCUGUUAUUACAAAUGCAUUUGUCAUAGCGAUAACAUCCGACUUUAUUCCUCGCCUGGUGUAUGCUUAUAAGUAUGGACCUUGCGCAGGCCAAGGAGAAGCUGGGCAGAAGUGCAUGGUUGGCUAUGUGAAUGCCAGCUUGUCUGUGUUUCGAAUUUCUGACUUUGAAAACCGAUCAGAACCAGAGUCUGAUGGCAGCGAGUUCUCGGGGACUCCUCUCAAGUACUGCAGAUAUCGGGACUACCGCGACCCUCCGCAUUCACUGGUGCCCUAUGGCUACACACUGCAGUUCUGGCACGUCCUAGCAGCUCGACUGGCUUUUAUCAUUGUGUUUGAGCACCUCGUGUUUUGUAUAAAGCACCUCAUUUCAUAUCUGAUCCCAGACCUCCCAAAAGAUCUAAGGGAUCGGAUGAGAAGAGAGAAGUAUUUAAUUCAAGAGAUGAUGUAUGAAGCUGAACUGGAGCGUCUCCAGAAGGAACGGAAGGAAAGGAAGAAAAAUGGAAAAGCACACCACAACGAGUGGCCAUGACCAGGUAAUAGUUCAUUUCCGGGCCAAGAACCUGAAUUCUGUUUACUUCUCCCAGCUGUGCAAAAGCACAUUCAAGUGAAUAACUAAAAAUGCAACCGCAGUGCAUGUCGCAGACAGCAGCAGCAGCAGGCAGGCCAGGACCUGGGAGAGGUCUGCCCGGGAAUCACGCUGCAGUCCAACACACAAUUGCUAUCUAUCCAUAGACCAUUCUUGACCAAGCAAGCAUGCACAUCAUGGGCAGUUCCAUACUCAAGUUUUUAAAACCAAGGGGAACUUGUAUACUGGGCCUGUUUUUCAGCCUGUUUGCUACCUUUUUUGCAUUCUAUCCCAUGUGAAUUUUACAGACACUGGGCUAAAAAGGGUAUUUGGACAUUGGGACACACAUUUCUAGAAUGUCAAUAUAUGGUCCUAAUUCCGUGUCACCAGACAACAACAAACAAGACCCUGUUUACAACGUUUUCUUUCUUUUAACUUUUAAUUUCAGAUAUUUCCAAGAGAUUAUUAUAUAUGACAUAUCUAUAGCUAUGUGUAUGGCCAUAGAUGUAUUUCUGUAUGUACAUAUGUAUAGUCAUGUAUUCCUACAUAUGUACAGACAAAUACAGAGAUAUAUAAAGUACAUAGAGAUUCCUUACUUGUAAAUAGCCAAAAGGUAUUGACAUGAAUGAUGAAUUUUCACAUCUAAAUAGUCAUCAACAUGAAGCCAUGUUUAAUGCUUGUAUAAUGUGAUGCAAUAAAAUUUAAAAUAAAUUUAUGCACAUGGAAUAUUU